CGCGAGUCGCGCCGCAGAUGAACGCAGUAAUAUGCGGAUUCACAUCAGCCCAACAGACUAGCCAGAGUUUUGUCUUCUAAGUCUCCACAACACUGCUGCCCUAAAAGACCGUACUUACAUGUAUGCAGCAACAAAUAGGGAACUGUAGGCUACCGUAAAGAUCUGAGUAGGUUGAUUCUACAGUAUGGGAAACCCAUGGACAGACAGGACUUGCUGUGGGAACUCAGAAGUUGUCUCUGUCUGUCUCUUGUUUGUCCCGCUGUCUCAGGUCUGUGAAGGUAAAGACGUCUCGGGUCUGUGAAGGUAAAGACGUCUCGGGUCUGUGAAGGCCAGGUCGAGCUGGAGGUACCGUCUCCCCUCGUUCGCAGCAGGGUGUACGUUGAGCGCGUGCUGCGGCUGCAGUGAUCAAAUACCUGUCAUCUCUUACGAGCUGCGCUGCGUGCUUGAUAUUACCGACUGAACAGAAUAUUUGCUGGGAAAGGGAACUGAGAACAUACCGGAUAAAACCCCCUCCGACUGGACACAGAUGGCUUCAUGACCCUCUGUGUUCUAAUGACUGUUGGAGUGCAGUCGAGCUGACAGGAGCUUUUUCUGUGGAUUACUUGGAACACACACCUUGCUGUACAUCUCUCUGGUCAAGAUGCGAGGCCUCCUGCUGAUUGCCGUUCUCCUCCUGCCGGUGGUUUGCUCCAUGUAUUCUGAGAACUCAGACUGUGUGGUCAAAAGACAGCAGGAGAGAUGUAUGGAGAGGAUCGCCCUGCACAACCUCACACACUACCUGGAUGAUGGCUGUCCGUGGAUGUGGGAUGACCUGGCUUGUUGGCAGGCCGCAGCCCGAGGUGAAGUGGUAUCAGUCAGAUGUCCCGACGUCUUCCAUGUCCUCCUGAGUCCUGACGAUGAGAUUGGUUGGAUCAGUAGGAACUGUACAGCAGAGGGCUGGUCAGAAACGUUUCCUCACUACGUUGACGCCUGUCUGUCAGGCGAUAACACCACCAGCCCGGACAUGUACUAUGCAUCUGUGAAAGCUCUGUACACAGUAGGAUACAGCAGCUCUCUGGUGUCUCUCACCACCGCCAUGACUAUACUCUGCCGGUUCAGGAAGCUCCACUGUACCAGGAACUAUAUCCAUAUGAACUUGUUCCUUUCCUUCAUGCUGAGAGCUAUCUCUGUCUUCAUCAAGGAUGGGGUUCUCUAUACACAGGAGGAUGAAAACCACUGCUUCAGACACACCGUGGAGUGUAAAACAGUGAUGGUAUUAUUCCACUACUGUGUGAUGUCCAACUACUUCUGGCUGUUCAUCGAAGGCCUCUACCUCUUCACCCUGCUGGUCCAAACCUUCUUCCCAGAGAGACGAUACUUCUACUGGUACACCGUGGUAGGAUGGGGUACUCCCACCAUUUGUGUGACUGUCUGGGCUACUCUGAGGCUUCACUUUGACGACACAAGUUGCUGGGAUACCAACAACACCACUGCCCUCUGGUGGGUGAUCAAGGGACCGACGGUCGUCUCCAUCAUGAUCAACUUCGUCCUGUUUGUUGGGAUCAUAGUCAUUCUGGUCCAGAAGCUCCAGUCGCCUGACAUCAGGGGGAAUGAGUCCAGUAUCUACCUCAGCUGUGCUCAGAAAUGCUUCAGUGAGCCCACUCAGGCUGUGCAACAUUCCUGCAGGAUGUCAGAGCUAUCAGCCAUCACACUGCGUCUGGCUCGGUCCACCCUUUUACUCAUCCCCCUCUUCGGGAUCCACUACACUGUGUUUGCCUUCACACCAGAGGACGUCAGCAAGAAGGAGAGGCUGGUGUUUGAGCUGGGCCUGGGAUCUUUCCAGGGUUUUGUUGUGGCUGUCCUCUAUUGUUUCCUCAAUGGAGAGGUGCAGUCUGAGAUCAAGAGGAAGUGGCGUAGCUGGAGGGUGAACCGGUACUUUACCGUGGAUCUGAAGCACCAGCAGCGCCACCCGUCCCUGGUCAGCAGCGGGGUCAACGGGGGAACACAGCUCUCCAUGCUCAGUUCCAAGAGCUCCUCCGCCUUACAGAUACGCAUGGCUGGCCCCCUGGCCGAGACCCUGUCCACACUCAACCUGCCGACCUGAUUUAUCUCAAACCCCUGGCCGAGACACCGUCCAUACUCAACCUGCCGACCUGAUUUUCUCAAACCCCUGGCCGAGACACCGUCCACACUCAACCUGCCGACCUGAUUUAUCUCAAACCCCUGGCCGAGACACCGUCCAUACUCAACCUGCCGACCUGAUUUUCUCAAACCCCUGGCCGAGACACCGUCCACACUCAACCUGCCGACCUGAUUGUCUCAAACCCCUGGCCGAGACACCGUCCACACUCAACCUGCCCACCUGAUUUAUCUCAAACCACUGGCCGAGACACCGUCCACACUCAACCUGCCGAACUGAUUUUCUCAAACCCCUGGCCGAGACACCGUCCACACUCAACCUGCCGACCUGAUUUAUCUCAAACCACUGGCCGAGACACCGUCCACAUUCAACCUGCCGAACUGAUUUUCUCAAACCCCUGGCCGAGACACCGUCCACACUCAACCUGCCGACCUGAUUUUCUCAAACCCCUGGCCGAGACACCGUCCACACUCAACCUGCCGACCUGAUUGGCUGACACACCUAGCUGAGACCUCGCCCACCCUUAAGCAGAACACCUGAUUGGCUGAGCAGAACACCUGACUGGCCCACCGGAUUGUGUAAUUGGCUCACCAACCAGUUAUCCUCCCAGACAAUUCAGAUUCAUGUUCUUUAGUUAUCUUUAGAAAAGAAGAAGAGUUGAUGCUCUUUUACAAAUAAUAUGUUCAAACAUAAAGUAACUAACUCCUCCCACUAGCCAGGCUCUCUCAUAUAAUGUGAGAUUAAUGUAUUCUUUGACAUGAACAAUAUAUUCACCAAAUAAUUACAAUAUUAGGGGGGAAAAUUGUCAAAUGUGAUGCCAUAUUGUGGCUUUCGCUGUUAUUCUACAUUAUGUAGUGCCAUACAGGUUGUCUCCUCUGAGGUCAUGACCUGACACAGAGCCAUAUACACAGUAUAUCUCCAGAGCCAUAUAUUUAAUGGGGUUCUAACAUUGCUGUUAAAGAAUAUUGUAGUGUCAUGUUAAUGAGGUUCUAACAUGGCUGUUAUAGAAUGUUGUAGUGUCAUGUUAAUGGGGUUCUAACAUGGCUGUUAUAGAAUGUUGUAGUGUCAUGUUAAUGGGGUUCUAACAUGGCUGUUAUAUAAUGUUGUAGUGUCAUGUUAAUGGGGUUCUAACAUGGCUGUUAUAGAAUGUUGUAGUGUCAUGUUAAUGGGGUUCUAACAUGGCUGUUAUAGAAUGUUGUAGUGUCAUGUUAAUGGGGUUCUAACGUGGCUGUUAUAGAAUGUUGUAGUGUCAUGUUAAUGGGGUUCUAACAUGGCUGUUAUAUAAUGUUGUAGUGUCAUGUUAAUGGGGUUCUAACAUGGCUGCUAUAGAAUGUUGUAGUGUCAUGUUAAUGGGGUUCUAACAUGGCUGUUAUAGAAUGUUAUAGUGUCAUGUUAAUGGGGUUCUAACAUGGCGGUUAUAGAAUGUUGUCGUGUCAUGUUAAUGGGGUUCUAACAUGGCUGUUAUAGAAUGUUGUAGUGUCAUGUUAAUGGGGUUCUAACAUGGCUGUUAUAGAAUGUUGUAGUGUCAUGUUAAUGGGGUUCUAACAUGGCUGUUAUGUAAUGUUGUAGUGUCAUGUUAAUGGGGUUCUAACAUGGCUGUUAUAUAAUGUUGUAGUGUCAUGUUAAUGGGGUUCUAACAUGGCUGUUAUAGAAUGUUGUAGUGUCAUGUUAAUGGGGUUCUAACAUGGCUGUUAUAGAAUGUUGUAGUGUCAUGUUAAUGGGGUUCUAACAUGGCUGUUAUAGAAUGUUGUAGUGUCAUGUUAAUGGGGUUCUAACAUGGCUGCUAUAGAAUGUUGUAGUGUCAUGUUAAUGGGGUUCUAACAUGGCUGUUAUAGAAUGUUGUAGUGUCAUGUUAAUGGGGUUCUAACAUGGCAGUUAUAGAAUGUUGUAGUGUCAUGUUAAUGGGGUUCUAACAUGGCUGCUAUAGAAUGUUGUAGUGUCAUGUUAAUGGGGUUCUAACAUGGCUGUUAUAGAAUGUUGUAGUGUCAUGUUAAUGGGGUUCUAACAUGGCAGUUAUAGAAUGUUGUAGUGUCAUGUUAAUGGGGUUCUAACAUGGCAGUUAUAGAAUGUUGUAGUGUCAUGUUAAUGGGGUUCUAACAUGGCUGUUAUAGAAUGUUAUAAUUUAGAAACCUUGAUUGCUCUACAGUGUAAAUGCAUGGCUCUAAUUCUCUACAAUGUAAAUGCAUGGCUCUAACUCUCUACAAUGUAAAUGCAUGGCUCUAGUUCUCUACAAUGUAAAUGCAUGGCUCUAACUCUCUACAAUGUAAAUGCAUGGCUCUAAUUCUCUACAAUGUAAAUGCAUGGCUCUACCUCUCUACAAUGUAAAUGCAUGGCUCUAACUCUCUACAAUGUAAAUGCAUGGCUCUAAUUCUCUACAAUGUAAAUGCAUGGCUCUAAUUCUCUACAAUGUAAAUGCAUGGCUCUAAUUCUCUACAAUGUAAAUGCAUGGCUCUACCUCUCUACAAUGUAAAUGCAUGGCUCUAACUCUCUACAAUGUAAAUGCAUGGCUCUAGUUCUCUACAAUGUAAAUGCAUGGCUCUAAUUCUCUACAAUGUAAAUGCAUGGCUCUAGUUCUCUACAAUGUAAAUGCAUGGCUCUAAUUCUCUACAAUGUAAAUGCAUGGCUCUAAUUCUCUACAAUGUAAAUGCAUGGCUCUAACUCUCUACAAUGUAAAUGCAUGACUCUAACUUUCUACAAUGUAAAUGCAUGGCUCUACCUCUCUACAAUGUAAAUGCAUGGCUCUAACUCUCUACAAUGUAAAUGCAUGGCUCUAACUCUCUACAAUGUAAAUGCAUGGCUCUGGAUAUUUCUAUCUAUGACCAGGCUCCAGAGAGAGACCAACCAGAUCUCUGAUAUGACCAGGCUCCAGAGAGAGACCAACCAGAUCUCUGAUAUGACCAGGCUCCAGAGAGAGACCAACCAGAUCUCUGAUAUGACCAGGCUCCAGAGAGAGACCAACCACAUCUCUGAUAUGACCAGGCUCCAGAUAGAGACCAACCAGAUCUCUGAUAUGACCAGGCUCCAGAGAGAGACCAACCAGAUCUCUGUAUCUCUGAUAUGACCAGGCUCCAGAGAGAGACCAGCCAGAUCUCUGUAUCUCUGAUAUGACCAGGCUCCAGAGAGAGACCAGCCAGAUCUCUGUAUCUCUGAUAUGACCAGGCUCCAGAGAGAGACCAGCCAGAUCUCUGAUUUGACCAGGCUCCAGAGAGAGACCAGCCAGAUCUCUGUAUCUCUGAUAUGACCAGGCUCCAGAGAGAGACCAGCCAGAUCUCUGUAUCUCUGAUAUGACCAGGCUCCAGAGAGAGACCAACCAGAUCUCUGUAUCUCUGAUAUGACCAGGCUCCAGAGAGAGACCAGCCAGGUCUCUGAUAUGACCAGGCUCCAGAGAGAGACCAGCCAGAUCUCUGAUAUGACCAGGCUCCAGAGAGAGACCAGCCAGAUCUCUGUAUCUCUGAUAUGACCAGGCUCCAGAGAGAUACCAGCCAGAUCUCUGAUAUGACCAGGCUCCAGAGAGAGACCAACCAGAUCUCUGAUAUGACCAGGCUCCAGAGAGAGACCAACCAGAUCUCUGAUAUGACCAGGCUCCAGAGAGAGACCAGCCAGAUCUCUGUGUCUCUGAUAUGACCAGGCUCCAGAGAGAGACCAGCCAGAUCUCUGUAUCUCUGAUAUGACCAGGUGUUACGUUCCCCAGUUUCUGUGUUCUGUUUUGUAUUUGAGUGUGUGUUUCAGGAGAUGGCUUCUGGAAGUACUCCCCAACCAGCUGAUUGGUCUACCCCCAGGCUAAUUGGUGAUUGGAGCUGACCCCGCCCCCUCGUCAAGAAGCAGCUGACUCUAAUCACCAUUGCCACCUGAAGAUAAAAGCCAGUGUUCUGCCCAAGAUUGAGAUUGAGAGUAGGGAGAGAGAGGAGAUGAGAUUUGGAGUAGAGAUUUGGAGAUUGAGAGAGGAGAGAUUUGGAGAUUGAGAGAGGAGAGAGAUGAGAUAAGGAGUAGAGAUUUGGAGAUUGAGAGAGAGAGAGAAAUUAGAUUGUGAUAUAGUGUGGGUUGUGUAUCAGAAAGUGUGGUAUGUACUGUUGUUGUUGGUAGCAUUUUUUCUAUGUCCCGUGUUUGUGAGUGUUUGUGAAAUCAUUAAUAAUUACUCUGUUUCAUUUGUUCCCAGGGGGGAAGGAGAAGGCACUUUGGGAGUGUUUAGGCAAGAGGCCCGCGGGCAUACAUAUACCCGUAGUAUAUUUACUGUCUAGGCACACUAGGUAAGACCUGGGCGGACCACCCCCUGUAUUUUGGUUAGGGCACCAGGUGGUGCUAAGUUAGGUAAGUUAAGUGGGUAGGCAGGUUAGAUAGGAGAGGGGGGAACUUUGAUAUUUACUUUCUUUGCUUUGGUUCCGUCCAGCCCCUUUUCCCCAUACUACCGUGUAGAAAAUAAAUCCUAGUAAACGGUAAA